AUGGAUAAAAUUAGAGCUUUAAUAAAACCCGACGAAUUUACUACUUUUAAAGUAACUAAGACUACAAUCGAAUUUGUUAGAUUUGAAGGUGAGCUGGCGACUAGAGAUAGAUUGGAUCGUGUUUUGUCGAAAAUCAACAAUAAAAUGAUUAAGUUGAAAGACUUUAGCGAUUUAAUGCGACUUAAAGCUGUUGAAUGGAAGUCAGAUUUUCCAACUAGACGUAUUUGGGAUGACUUCUUCCAUAAUGCCAAAGAUAUGGAUGAGAUGAAACCAGGGCAGAGACCCGAUACUAUUCACAUUGUAAAUUUACCGUCAAAGUGGUUUAUACCCUAUCAUCUUUCAGGUGAAGAAGAAAUCACACCAUCAGAGAAAAUAUUCUACAGGGUGUUUGAGAAAUUCGGUCAUAUCAGAUUUGUAGACAUACCCAUAUGUGAUCCUUACAGGAAAAAGAUGAAGGAGCACAUUUCUGGAAUGAAGAAUUCUUCCUUUGAUCAAAUUGAAUUUUUCGAAGGGUAUGUUCAGUUUAAGGACUAUAUAGGAUUUACAAAAGCUAUGGAUGCUUUUAAAAAUAUGAAGCUAGUCCAUAAAGAUGAUGAUGCCACUUUAGAAGUCAAUAUUAAAGUGGAUUUUGAUAGAAGUAAACAUCUUAGUGAUGCUUCUAUUAAAAGGAGAGAGAUUGUUAGAGAUCGAUUGGAGAAGAAGGUUAGAGAACAAGAGGAAAAGGAGAGAGCAGAAUUUGAAGAGAAGAAGAAAACAGAGGAAAUCGAAAGGUUGCUUUAUUUUUUAGAUAGUAACAGCUAUAUUCAUUAA